GAGUGAUGUUGGGAGCCUUUGUUUUGCCGAUUUACUUCAGGGGAUAGGGAGAGCUCCGGCGAUUUGGAAGAAAGGGAGAAAAGUUGAAGGCUUGUCUUUGGAGCAGGGUGUUAGAGAUUCUGGUAGAGAAGUCCAGAGGCGUAGAGAGAGAUGGCAAAUCAAGGAGCAAAAAAGCGCAAGGAAGAGAAUGCUCGGCACAUGGCUAAUAUUCGUCGCUUGAUUCUGGCCUGCAAUGUGAUUUAUGUGGUAGUAAGGAUGCUCAUCUUCCAUUCUACUUUUACCUGGAAAAACUGGGUUGCUUUGCUGCUGACAUCUGUAGCUUAUUAUAUUCCUUAUCAACAACUCACCCAAAUGGCAAAACCUUCUUAUUCUGAUGAUGGUGAGCUUCUAGACGGUGGAUUUGAUAUGUCCACUGGUGGAGUUUGUGGCUAUUUACAUGAUGUAAUCUACAUUACAAGCUUCGUGCAAGUCAUGUCCAUAAUCUCUGGAAAAUUUUGGUACACGUAUUUGCUGAUACCAGGUUUUGGAGCAUACAAAUCAUUUGGUUUCUUUAGAGGAUUUAUGUCCCAAGGUCCAGAGGGAGGCGUGGAGGAUGAAAAGACACGAAAGAAGAGGGAAAAGAUGGAGAAGAAGGCAUCAAGACCACAGUUUGUCAAGACAAGAAACAGAUGAGUUCUCUUGAAAUUUGAUACAGCUUCUUCAUACCCAGGAAAAGUCAGUAUGGAUUCUCUGCAGCAGUAGUAUGACAGGGAGUGUUCAGUGCUCUGUAUUAUGAAGCAAUCUUAUAAGCACCAUGUUCUUGUGCUACAUACACAUUAUCCCUGAACCGAAACACAACCAACUAUGGGAUACAUAUUUCUGCCGAUUCUGCGGAUGUUAUAUGAGGAAGAUAAUGGAUUUUGGAUUUUAAUUUUAG